CGCAGAGCCAUCUGACAAUGUAUGUCUUCGAAUUUUAGUCGGUGCCCGAAAGGAUAGCCCGUUUGUUCUUACGUGCGCAGUUUAGUAAAAAUGAACGUGGUAGCAAAGUCGACGAAUCUGUCGCCGAUUUUAAAAUCGGCGACGACUGUUGUUUCAAAUGGAGUACGUCCAACAGCUGCAACUGGUACUACUUUGAGAACAAAAAUUGUCAUUAAGCCUAUCGUCAAUCGAAUGGUUGAACCUAGUAUGACCGAAUGCCUUUUAACUAGGCCUGUACGUGUAAGCACAGGAAUUACAGGGAGCACGCAAGUAUUGCAAAAGAGAUUGGCACAUACCGAUAUUCAAUGGCCAGACUUUUCAUCGUAUCGUAGGGAUUCUGUACAAGACCCGACAAAAAGAUCCAAAAAAUCUGCAGACGAACGAAAAACAUUCUCAUAUGUCAUAGCUGCUGCUGCUGGAGCUGGCACCCUUUAUGGGGCUAAAGGAAUUGUACAUAGCUUGGUUAGUUCUUUGGCUGCUUCUGCGGAUGUACUAGCCAUGUCAAAAAUAGAAGUUAAUCUUAACAAUAUUCCUGAGGGAAAGAGUGCUGUUUUCAAGUGGCGUGGAAAGCCUUUGUUUGUACGACACAGACCAGCAAGCGAGAUCAGCAAAGAAGCAAAUGUUGAUAUUUCAAGUUUACGAGACCCAGAGGCAGAUCUGGAUCGUGUAAAGCGACCAGAAUGGUUAAUUGUAGUAGGUGUAUGUACACACUUAGGAUGCGUCCCAAUUGCCAAUUCUGGUGAUUUUGGUGGAUACUAUUGUCCUUGUCACGGUUCUCACUAUGAUGCCAGUGGGAGAAUCAGAAAAGGGCCUGCACCUUUAAACCUUGAAGUCCCGGAAUACGAAUUCCUCGAAGAUAAUUUACUAGUUGUUGGUUAAUUUAUUAAUAUUCGUAGUCACGUGAUAAUUCUAUUUAUACUAAAAUAUUUUAUUCGCGGAGUUGAUUAUGAAUUAUAAAUACAAAUGGGAUGUAUUUCCCAUAUUCCAAAUUAACGAGAUAUCGAAGUAUUACGAACAUGGUCAAAAGCUGUAUAGAGAAUUAAAAUAAAGCUUAACCGAAAUAGAACCAGCCCAUUUAAUUUAU